GUAUUGGCGCUAUAGGUCCGAAUGAUUAUACACAAUUCGGCUUUCGGUAAACUACGCAAACUACAAUAGGCAGGUGUGUUCACAUUUUCGCAGUAUUGUAGCUAGCAGUCGGUUUCGGAUCCAAACACAAUAAAAUGCUAAAAGUACUGUAAAAUAAAAUAGAGAGCGUGUGAAUACUAAGGUCAAUACUCGUUGAAGUCGAGGCCCGAGCAGAUAGAACUACCACUGAUUUCGACAAUUAUAUAACGAAGAUAAAAUGGACCUGUUGGAUGACCGAGGCAUUUUGUACAUUAUAGCUGAUUUGCUAUCACUGAUCACGAUAGCAUCCUGUUUGUUCUGCAAAGUGCCACAAAUUCAAACGGUACAGAAGCUGCGCUCAGCUACCGGACUAUCGCUGAAUGGGCUCCUAAUGGAACUGUGCAGCUACACCGUUACGAUGCUGUACAAUUUUACCAAUCGCUACGCCUUCCUGUCGUACAUGGAAUACCCAAUCCUUUUGAUUCAGGAAUACGUCCUAGUCUACGUAGUGCUGAAGUAUCAAAAUAUUCUGAACAAGACGUCCUACAUUUGGUCUGCGGUGUAUGCGGCAGUAUUUAUCGGCUUUGCAAGUGGGAUCAUUCCCAGUAGCUUGUUGAUGAUGCUUGUGCCUUUCACAACUCCGGUGGGUGCCACCAGUAAGGUCAUGCAGCUGAUCGCAAUUUUACGCUCUAAAGAUUCCCAAUCGGUCAGUUUGAUAACAUGGGGCAUAUCAGCAUUUACCAACUCAACGCGCAUUUACACCAUUCUACUAGAUUCGGGAGAUCGAAUGCUAUUGGCCAACUUUGGCAUUUCAACAAUUCUAAGCUCAUCGGUUCUUUUGGCUGCUUGGUACUAUAAGAAACCGAAGCAGGAAUAAUGGCAUUGCAGUCGUUUUGGGAAAUCUUUCACUUUUACUAUUCUGCAUUGAACUUGAAGAUCUUCCACUUCAGAGUUACUACUGCUGCUUCCAUCACUGAAACUUACAAAAGGAGAUUACAGAAGCAUGCCUUGCCUAAUCCUAGCCAUCAAUGUCACCCGCCUGGUGACACGUUUUACUAAUACAUUGAUCAUUACGAAAUGCACGAACGGAGCACUGAAAAAGACUACUCAUCUAGUCUGCAUAGCAAUAUUAUUACACGCUAAUAUAGCACAAACGGUUAUCUUAUUUGUUACUAGUAAUCAAUGUUUUAGCGAAGAAAAAAGACAAACCUAGUGAAUAAACAU